AGACGCGAAAGCGAGGCUGUGUGGGAUAAACAUGGCGGCCAUGUUUUGGUUCCUGGCGUAUUUAGAGCAAGAUUGAUUUCGCUCAUAAAAACUCCGCAAUGGCGGAACUAGGGGAAUCAGACGACCAGAGCCUGCCACAAGAUGUGGAGGCGCUCAAAUCGCUCGUCCUGCAACUACAGAAAAGAGAAAGAGAACUAAUUUGGAUCAAGCAAGAAGCGGAAAAUGAGUUUGGAAGAAAGCGAGCUCAAUUCAAAGAACUUUAUUUAUCUCGAGAAGCUGAGUUAGAUGUACAGAGAAGUCGGGCUGACAAAGCUGAGGGAGCAUUUAGUGAUUGCCAGCACAAGCUUCAAGAGGCUUGGAAUGAGUGUGAAACACUGCGGACUACAGCUGCCCUAUUGGAAAGCACACAGAAAGAGGAAAUGGAGCGAAUACGAUCCCACUUCCAGGAAGAGCUAGCAUCAUUGCAGCAUAUCAUGAAAGAGGCUGUUAAGGAAGCAAGAAAUGGGGCAGCUCAUCAAUAUGAGAUGGAGCGGCACUCUCUUAUUGCAGCCAAUCAGAAGCUUGGCGCUCAGAUAAAAGACUUGCAGAAUAAACUUGGUCAGGAUGGCAGAAAUGCUGGGGUAAUGUCUGCCAUGACAGAUGCUGUUGCAGGUGUGGUCAAGAGGUCGUCUGCACCUUCCUCCCCAGCACCUGGUGGUCAGUCUAGUGAUCUAGAGGAGGGUUUAAAGAAGGCUCAACAGGAUGCUGAUGCUUGGAAGUCAAUAGUUAUGCCCCUAGAGCAGGAGAAUGAGGGUCUGAAGACGAGACUAAAGGAGGCACAGGAAAAGCUCUCCACAACAGAAAAUAGACUAAAAGAACUGGAAGGGAAAAAAGAGAAAGUUAAAGAAAGUGAAACCAAAGGAGAACAUGACAGUGAAGAAUUAGAGGAAAAGGUCAAGGAACUCUCACAGUAUCUUGAGUCCGAACGGUCUGCUAGGACAGACCUAGAGAUGUAUGUAGCUGUGCUAAAUACACAGAAAGGUGUGCUCCAGGAAGAUGCAGAAAAACUUAGAAAUGAAUUACAUAAUGUUUGUAGAUUGAUUGAACAAGAAAAAACAGCUCACAGAGAACUAAAGAAAACGUGGCAAAUGGCUAAUGAUCAAUUUCUGGAAAGUCAAACUUUACAGAAUAAAGAAUAUAUUAGAGUAUGGAAUAUACUAACACCUGAACAAAAGCAAACAAUUGAAGAACAGCGUCACAGCUCAGCCGAACCUGCGGUGGGAGAUCUUAUAGAUAUCAUUACUCCCAACUCUUCUAUCACAUCAUUAGAGUCUAGUCAUCAUUCUUUAGGAUACCUUCCCAAUGGACCCCCCUCCCUCGUCCACCUCACCAAUGAUGUUGAUGCACACCCGGCUGAGAAUGACAGGGGGGAGUCCACUACACACCAAGAAGGGGAAAGGGAGGGAGAAUCUGAGGAGAGAGGAAGGAAGAGGGCGUAUUCUGCAUCUGACCUCAAUAACCUGGAAGCAAGCAAUGUGGACGUCUCCAGAGCCAAGUCCGCAGACCAUAUCCUCACCACAGGGAGCCCGACACCCGCCAGUAUCGCCGACGAUAAGGCCAUUCGUGACAGUCCUCUCCUUGACCUCGCGACAAAGCCGAAGACGCCAACCAAGGGCGGCAGGAUAGACUGGCAGACCUUUCAAGAGGAGGUUAAGCUGUCGCACGAGGGAGAGAUUAGCCGCGCAUGCGUAAUGUGCCAGAACUACGAGCAUCAGCUGCAGGCAGUUCAAUCCGAGAGACAGAAGUUCAAGAACCUUGCCGCCAACCUACAGAAGGCGCUCGAUCAGGAAAAGAAAGCUCUAUUCGAGGAGCAAAGACUGCGCAGCCGUUUAGAGGAGAGUGUGGCAAAUGCUGGAGCUGAUGCGCAAGCGCAGAUUAACGACCAGGCCUCCACUCUCGCCAAGCUAGAGAAACUUAUGAGCAGCGUGCAACAAAAACACGACGCAGCAAAGGACGAGGCAACGAAGACAAUAGCCGAACUUGUCGCUUCGAGAGAUGAAUUAACGUCAGAGCUUGAGCGCUUGCGGUCCGAGUACAACACAUUGCAGGACUCCGCAUUACAGCAGAUGACGCAGAUGGACUCAGAUGCACGCGUAACGGAAAUGAAGGAACAGCUUCUACAGAUACGAGCCGCAGCCGAGGGGACUGAAGAAAAACUCAAGAGCGAGAUUGCAUUCCUCAAGGAUCGUGCGGUCGCCGAGCAGAUGAAUAAGGAGAGUAUGGAGGAAAUGCUACAGGCCGAGCUGGACUCCGUCAGAGCUGAGCUAGCCACGAUGUCAGAGAGGUUAGAAUCGGAACAGAAAGAACAUGCACAGGCUGAAGCAAAAACACAGAAAUCAGAACAGUUUCUACGAAAUAUUGAAGCGAAAUCGAAGCAAGUGAUUAUAGCUCUUCGUGGGCAGUUAGACGAAGCAAGCGAAGAGAAGGUUAAACUCGAAGAAGAAGUAAAUAGAUUAAAAAAUCAAGUCCAGUCCCUGAAUUCUCAGCUAAACGAGAGUGAGACAGUACAGAGGGACUUUGUCAAGCUUUCUCAAACCCUGCAGAUGCAGCUCGCCGAAAUGCAGGAAUCAGAAAAUGAAGUUCGGUGGGAGCAUAAAGAUGAUGCACGUGAAUGCCGAAACUGCCAAAAACCGCUAAACACAAACAAAGAUAAAUAUCACUGCCACCAUUGCGGGAAGAUCUUCUGUGAAGGAUGUCGCUCCAAGACGUUCAGCAACUCGUCCACCCGUCGUCCUCACCAAGUUUGCGAUGCCUGUUACGCCACGCUCACAAAUGAUCCCAAAGCCUUACUGGACGCUAAGCUUCACGAGAAUGCUACUUUACUUUAAUGGAAAUUCAGAUCAAUCAUAAAAUCUAUAUUUUCGCAUUAAAAUUUUCUCCAUUAAGUGUGCGACGCCUGUUAUGCCAAGUUCACUAAUUAUCCAAAGACAGAGAGUCCAUAUUUUCUCAUUCUUAAACAAGGCGAUAUAGAUUUUUGUAUAUUACAUACACGGGAGAUUGCAAUUUGAUACACGAUAAGGAUUUAUCUACAUGUCAUCGUGCGGAGACAAUACACCAAAAACUGGAAUUCGACUCUGCCAAAAAUCGUGUGGAGAAUUCACUGGACAGUCACAUAAUGCAGUGUUCAGUGUGGAUUGAAAACAUAGAUAUGGAGAUAAAGUUGGUCUAGCAGUAUCAUACACAAUGAUUCAUUCAUGAUGCUGUCUUUUGCAUCUUUGUCGUUCUGCUUUACUAUACAUUAGGGACAUCUUCUAAGUAUUAGCAAGGAUGGAUGAGCAUAUCAGAGUCUACAAUGGCAGGAUUAUUUCUGCAUAUCAUCUAUCCAUGGCUAGUGCUACAAUUUAAGAUAGGAUGGCAAAUAAAAUAAUGAUGGCCAAGCUAGCGAUGAAACAAUUUGAUAAAAAAGAAGACUUGUUCACACAGAGCAGGCCAUAGCCAGGAUUUCGAGUGGGGGGGGGGGGGGGCAUCGUUUACCCAUAAAGCGCACCAUUUUCUUUUGAUAGCUAAUCCUACCUCAUAGUGGUACUUAAUUUUCUGACCCCCCCCCCCCCCCCCCCCCCGGCUACCGUCCUACAACAUCCCUUAGAUAACUUGUUAUUAUACCAAAAAAACUAUCUUAGGAAUGGGUGGUCAUACAAAGAAGAUAGCAUAAAUGUUACAUUGUAACACUAAUAUUGUUCAGUGGGGUAAUGGGCAGAUGGUUUAACCAUUUUCAAAUAUAACAUACUUUUCUACAGUGAGUAAUAAAACAUUGAAAUUUGAGUA